GAUACUCUCUUGAUAUCUUAAUUGUUACCCCCAUAUUGAUACAUUUAAUCUGGAUAAUCUAUAUUUUGAAUAAACAAGAUAAGAUUCAAAUUCAAAAGUUAAAACCUUUAACAGAUAGAAGAGAAUUAGUCAUAUCCCCUCGCAAUCAAGAGGAAUUAAAUUCUUCAAAACUCUAUAGGGAUAUUACAAGAUACUCUCUUCAUAUCUUAAUUGUUACCCCCGUAUUCAUACAUUUAAUCUAGAUAAUCAAUGUUGAAUAAGCAGGACAAGUUCAAAUUCAAAAAAUUAAAAUCUCUGAUAGAUGGCCGAGAAUCACACAUAUUCCUUCCAAUUAGGAGGAAUUAAAAGUGAGGUUUGAGAAAGAAAAAAAAAAAAUCGAGGGAUGAUUUGCUAACGAUCGUAUCAGUGAGUUGAAAUACAAAAAAUAUGGGGGUCCCCUUUGUUUGAGUGAAAAAUAGUUCAACACAAGGUUGGUGCCCUCCAAGUUUAAAAAUCGUUUUCAAGUUCCACUCCCAUCUCUUUUUUUUUAGGUUUGGUUUGAUCAUUCUUUUCAUUUCAGACUUUGUAUAUAUGACCCUUUCCUAACAAACAUUUCAGAUUUCCAUGGAGGACGAGAAACAUGACUUCUCUGCUUCUUUUUCAUGGUGGUCAGGCAGCCAUAAUCGACCCCUUCAAUCUCCAUGGCUUCAAGCCACUCUUUCAGAUUUGGAUGAGAAGAUUCAAAUGAUGGUCAAUAUUAUACAAGAUGAUGGAGAUUCUUUUGUGGAUAGGGCUGAGAGGUUUUAUAAGAGAAGACCUGAGCUCUUGAAGAUCGUGCAGGACCUGCAGAAUUCCUAUCUUUCCUUGGCUGAAAAAUAUGACCAGCUAAGAUCUGCAGAAUUCAUUCCUGCUGCCCAUUUGAGGUCACCUCUUUCUUCUUCUUCUUCACUGAAGCUCCUACAAAACACUAACAAAGAAAAUACUGAGACAACCAAACUAGAGGAAUCACCAAUUUCCCAACCCCAGUCGGUUCAACAAGAAGAUUCUGAAACUAAAACUCAAAUCUCCAGCUUCGAGCAGCAUUCCUUGAAUAAACCAGUUUCAUGUAAACAAUGCAAGACGGAAGAAGAUAAUCAAGGAGAUAAUAUGAACGGAGGAGGGCUGAAGAAGAUUGUACUAGCUGGUGAUGAUAGCGAAGAGAAGGAGAAUAUAUGGAAUCAAACGAGGCAAAAGGUUUCAAAACUGAUUGAGGACAAUUUGAAGCAACAGAAUGAGCUAAUAAGGAGAAAUGAAGAGAAGAGAGAAGUGAUGAAACAACUUCGUGCCCAAAUCAACAGGUUAAUGGAAGAGAACAGGGCCUUGAAGAGUUGUCUUCCAAGUUACAAGGUGGAUAUGAAACGAAACGAAUCUCGUGUCUCCAAGCUCAAGGGUCUCAAUUGCAUUGGCCAGUUUCAAGGCUAAGUUGGUCUUCACCUAUUUUAUUGGAAAUGGACGUGGACAUGGAAAUGGUUGGUUUCUACUAUUUCAUUUUCCUUGGUUACAUCGUUUUGUCACCCAUAGUGUUGGAUCAUUGUUUCCCCUGGAACUUCUCGAGUUCGAUCCAAUCAAGCCUACUGAACAACAAAAGAAUCCAUGAUUGUUUCCCAUUUGUUGAUCAAAUAUUAUCUCCUUUGCAACUUUAUAAGACUCGAUCAUUGUUGGUCA